AAAUUUCGCGGCGCACCCUCUCACCGCUCCCUGUUGACUGCUGAACGCCGCCCGCGUUUCGCCAUUUUGAAAGUGCUGUAAAGAGGCAGAGGCGAGGGAACUCUCAAAGUAGAGUGCAAAGUCUACAAGCCAAUAGUAGGCAUUAUUAAUUACUUUGUGUAAAACAGUUCCGUGGUGCAUAGCAGGGCCGAGGACUUUUGCUUACGUUCUUCAGAGUACCAAGCAGCACUCCCGGCUUCAUUCCUGCACUGCUCCUCGCUAGAACCUCCCAGCCGACCCGGGUCAGCACUGUUCCAGUCCAGGGCCCGAGCCCGCUUAGAUACCCCUCUACGAGUCGCUCACCAUGGCAGGGCCUGGUGGUGGGAGCAAUGAUGUGCAGUGGUGCUUCUCCCAAGUCAAAGGAGCAAUAGAUGACGACGUCGCUGAAGCUGAUAUCAUAUCCACUGUUGAAUUUAACCAAUCUGGAGAGUUACUUGCAACUGGGGACAAGGGAGGUCGUGUUGUCAUCUUUCAGCAGGAGCAAGAGAGUAAGAAUAAGCUUCAGUGCCGCGGAGAGUACAAUGUUUACAGCACCUUCCAGAGCCACGAGCCUGAGUUUGACUACCUGAAAAGUCUUGAGAUUGAGGAGAAGAUCAACAAGAUUCGAUGGUUGCCUCAGAAGAAUGCAGCACAUUUUCUUUUGUCAACAAAUGACAAAACCAUAAAGCUGUGGAAAAUUAGUGAGCGUGACAAAAGACCAGAGGGCUACAAUUUGAAGGAAGAAGAUGGGCGAUACAGAGAUCCCAACACUGUCACUACACUACGGGUACCAGUAUUCAGGCCCAUGGACUUGAUGGUGGAAGCCAGCCCUAGACGAGUGUUUGCCAACGCGCACACAUACCACAUCAACUCCAUCUCGGUCAACAGCGAUUGUGAGACCUACUUGUCUGCUGAUGACCUGCGCGUUAACCUCUGGCAUCUGGAGAUCACUGAUCGCAGCUUUAAUAUUGUUGACAUUAAGCCGGCCAAUAUGGAAGAUUUAACAGAGGUGAUCACAGCGGCCGAGUUCCACCCCAACCAAUGCAACACUUUUGUCUACAGCAGCAGCAAGGGCACGAUCCGCCUGUGUGACAUGAGGGCAGCAGCGCUAUGCGACAGCCACGCCAAACUGUUUGAAGAGCCUGAAGAUCCAAACAAUCGUUCCUUCUUUUCUGAAAUCAUCUCAUCCAUCUCUGAUGUAAAGUUCAGCCAUAGUGGACGCUACAUGAUGACCCGGGACUACCUGUCUGUCAAAAUUUGGGAUCUCAAUAUGGAGUCGCGACCAGUAGAGACAUAUCAGGUGCAUGAAUAUCUCAGGAGCAAGUUGUGUUCACUCUAUGAGAAUGAUUGCAUCUUCGAUAAGUUUGAAUGCUGUUGGAAUGGGAACGACAGUGUUGUGAUGACGGGUUCCUACAACAACUUCUUCAGGAUGUUUGAUCGAGGAUACCAGCAGGACAUGACCCUAGAGGCGUCGCGGGAAAACAGCAAGCUGCGAUCGGUCUUGAAACCUCGCAAAGUAAGCACAGGUGGGAAGCGCAAAAAGGAUGAGAUCAGUGUAGACAGUCUGGACUUUAACAAGAAGAUCCUCCACACUGCCUGGCAUCCUCUGGACAACAUCAUUGCUGUGGCCACAACCAAUAAUCUGUACAUAUUCCAGGACAAGCUGAACUAGCAUUUGUUGAAGCACUGAGAUCCCAGUUUCUGCUUGAGCCCCGCUGCUCUGAUAUACAAAUAUGAACAAUAGCUGUCUGUUUUUGGCUAAAUCCCUCUUGAUGAGCUGCCCUUGGCAUAUGCCAAGAACUGCUAUGUCAACAGUGGCAUGAACACAGUACACCCAAGUAGGCCAUCACAAGCCCAUUUUCUAUUUGUAUUGCAAAUAUGAACAUGUAGGGUUUUUGGUUUUUUUUGUUUUAAGAUCUGAGUCAAACUGUGGGAUUUAGUGUCAUGGGUUUUCUCUGGUUGGAGCACUCCAGUCAUCAAGCUACAAUUUGCAACUCCACUACAUCCCAAACCAAAGGGAAAUCUGUGUUACAUACACAUGUUUGGUUAGUUUGUUUGAUUCUUCUUUUGUGCCAUGGUUCAUCCGUAUCUCAUAGCCACUAGUUAUUAGAUUUUUGUAGCUAUUGUGUCUCAUUAGUUUUCUGUUGCUCUCAUAUCAUUCAGUCACCACUGGCCUGAAACACUGGUAAUGCAAACUGUCGACACUCCAUAUUUUCACAGUAUUUGUCCAUUUGCCAAGUUCACUCACAACUUUCUUGCCAAUAUACAGUAUGAUUAUGCAGUUAAAUGACUUGUUUAGUGUUUUAACUUUUUUUUUAUGGUUCUAUGAUUAUAGCAUACAGCCUGCAUUACUGCAAACAUCUGUCCACAGUGUACAAGAUUUAAUAUUGGAUCAGAUUUUGACCUUUUAAGACAGCCACUAGUUUACAGUCAUUACUAUUAAGAAAGUCCGCUUCAUUUAUUCCUUUAUAGUGAACUUGUAGCUGUUGAUUAAAUCAACAGUUACAUAACAGGAAAACUGUUUUCAUACUGUAACAAUGGGGACUAAAUUCUUUUUUUUUUUUCUUUUUCUUUUUUCCAAGUACAAGAAAUAACAAAGAACCUGGUUUUCAAGCUGCACUAAAAUCUGAAUAUAUAUAUCCUGUUUCAAUCUCAAGCCACUCUCUAAACAGCAAGCUGACUUUAAUGCUGUAUUGAUGUGGAAAAUGGUUUAUAGUAAUAAAAAAUAUAAUUCCAGUUAAUAGCCCACGGCUUAAGAAAUGCUGGCGCAGUCGUGCAAAAUGCGCACACACACAUUUUUCAGGUAUUGUGGUUUUAUUAUGGCUAAUUAUGCCAAAGUAACCAGUCCUAUACUCACUCGGAAGCUACACUCAUUUGAAGUCGUUUUACAGAGAGUAAGCCCCCUUGUCUGACCUCGUCACCCUUGCACGUUUGUGGGCAACCAUAGCUCAGGACAAGAGGACAUAUAUAAGAAUAUAUGUACACACACACACACACACACACACACACACACACACACACUAGGAAGGGUGUAAUGGCAUUAUGUGGCCUGUGGCAACAAAACUACGUUCUGCUGCCAGCUCUCCCGCUGUUAUGUUUGCAGGUUGACCGAUGGCUUUACCCUCUGUAUCUACUUUCUGUUUGUACACUUUUUUUUUUUUUUUAAUAUAUAUGACAUUUUGUACUGUACCUGUUUAAAAAUAGAUUAAUCACUAUAGUUGAUUUAUUUUUGUAUAAAUUAAGGCAAUAGGAUUACAGUCUGAUCACUGUAGUUUCUUUAGCUGUCUGUCUCAGACUGAUUGUAGAUGGAAGGUUCGUUGACAGUUGGGUAACUGUUUUUUUGACAUACGAUUUGGGGACAUUUUUUCUCAUCCUGGAAGUUUGAAAACUCAAAGAAGCUUUUUUCAGAUGUCAGUAUCUUUUGAAGUUAUAAGCGUUAUAAUUCUAAUUUUUUUUUUUGGGCACACUGUGCAUGUAGAGGUUCUUUGGGUGCCUCAGAGUUGGUUUCUGAAAUAAUUUGGAUCUUAAUGUCCACUUAUGUGCCAUAGUUUUUGCUUAAUUUUAUUUUAUUUUUCUGGCUGUGAAAGAAUAGGCCCUUCUGGGUCUCUAUUUGAAAGGCAUUUUAAUCAAUGUUUAUUGUUUAAAACUGCUUAGUCAACUUCUCUAAAGUUACUGAUUUAGAUUUAUGAAAAUGUCUCCUCUCUCCUGUGAAGCAUGUGUCGCUUUGCUUAUACAGGCUUGUUUAUUUAUCAAGGAGGAAUUGUGAAGCACUAGUUUGCCGAUGAUUGUUAUAUGGCAGGGUAGUGAAUGAGACAUCAGGUGUAAGUGUUGUUAAUAUUAGCUGCACUGGGAAACCUAAUGAAAGCUGAGCUGUCACUAAGUUGUUUGUCCUGUUGUCUUUCUUCUAUGGAAAGUCAAAUGUCGUAUCAGGAAGAAGGUUUAAUCUCUUUGAUGCGCAAACAACUUGAUUAUAGCACAAUUUGUCCACUUCAUGAUUUAAGCCAUUAAAUCAGGGAAUGAAGCUUCUUGGUCCACUGGAUGGUAUUUGUGUCAGUUCAUGUGUUACUUUUAUUUUAGAGAACGGAUAUCCAAUUGUUAGGAUGCCAACAAAAAUAACCACCCAUGUCCCUACGGUGGUGUUAAACUACUGUUUUUGUGUGUGUGUGUGUGUGUGUGUGUGUGUGUGUGUCACUCAGGGUUCUGGGUAAUGUCUACUAGUACUGAGAUAUUUCAGUAAUCUUUCUUUUUUCCCUUUGGUAACUUAGGUCUAAUGUAAGACAGUGUGAGGGUCAUUUGUGUCAUACGGCUCCAGUCACUUGAAUAAACCUCCAUAAUGUGCCCAUUCCAAAGUCAAGGGUCCCAUAAAUUUACACGUACUUACAGUAGCUGUUUUUCAUAGCUGUGGUUUAAAUCACGAUGAUAUUCAAAGGAACCCUAUUGCCUUUCUUAGAGCAUUAAGAAUAAAUGAGAUAAUCAAGUCAUGUUUCUUGAAAAUUAUGAUGUGCCAGACAGGUGACUGCUCAGGGGAAUUUACCGCUGCUCUUGAUCAAAACGUUGUACCUUCAAGAAAGCAGCUUUUCAGGACUCAAGACAAAAACUGCCUUAUUUAAAGGUAGCUCAUAACUUUUUUUUUUUUUUUAAAUAAAAUCAAACAUAUGUAAUGGCUUUUGAACAACACCCUGGGAAAACAAAACUUUCCCUACUUGCUGUCUGGAGUUGUAAGGUUUUCCCAGUUGCAGCAGUGUGUUAUACAUGUCUGAUAUAUUACAGGAGUUAAAACAAAUUGCACUUUUAUUUUUGUGAAUUUCAUUAAUUUGUAUGUUCUGUUUCUUUAAAAUGGGCUCUUGAAUAAAGAUUGUAAGAGUUUGGUGAUCUAUGGGGUGUGGGUGGGGGGCAACAAAGGGUUCAGUGUACAGCUAUGUCCUUGUCACAUGGAAUAAAGUACAAUUUAGAUGAAAAGUAAUAAAGAAUUUUCAACCUGAA